AUGGUUGCCAUUAAGACUCUCGCAUGCCUGCUCCUCACGGGCGUUGCCAAUGCGCAGCUUCCCCUGGAUUCCUAUCAAUAUCCCAAUUCCCAGGCCAGCUCCGGUCCCGGCUCCGGUCCCGGCUCCAGCAACGCCUCAGCCCAAACUGCCUGCAACAAUGCUUUUCCGAACACCAUACCCGUGUUCCGUGAGGAUGGCAGUCCUUACGGUUGUGCUCCUGCCAUCUGUGGCCAGCCUGGAGUUAAUAUCAUGUGCUAA